AGGGGAUGUGGGGUUUAGCAUUCCAGGGCAUUAGGGGAUGUUUUGGGGUGCUCUGUACCUGUCCUUGGUGUGUGUGGGUUUGGCAGGGGUGUCUUACGUGUUAGAGGGGGGGACACACACCCUUGUGACCCCCUGAGCCAAGGUGGACACUGCUGAUGGGAUAGAUCCCAUGUGGCACAUGGCCUGAGCCAGUGAGGAUCCCCAGGGUGCCUGGAGGGGUGGGAAGGGGCCAGAACUCCCACCCUCUUUGUUAGCAGGGCUGGGGGGUGCAUAAAUGGGGUGCAGUGGGGCUGCCCUGCCUCUCCAGCUGCAAGGCCAGGCCUGACCCAGGCAGGCUGGUGGGACACGUCCCCAAGGAGGGGGACAGGAGGUGCAGAACAUCUGCUGAGCCCCCCGGGUGUGGGUGGUGGAGGCUGGGACCUCCCUCCAGCAGGUUUGGGGUGCUGUAGCUGGCCCAGGCAUCAAACCCUGGCAGGGCUUUGUGUGACUGAGGUGUUUAAUGGGUGCGGAGGCAGAGCAGAGAGAUUCCCAUUGUUGCUGUCUCUCAGUGUCAGUGUGAGCUGGCACAAAGCAACACGGUUGCUUAGCAAAGGUAUCCAUCCCAUCCCAGCCUGGGAAGGCUCACCUGGGUUGUGGGAAUUCCCGCUCCCAGAGCAGGAGGAUGGGCAAGGAGGGCCUUUAAUAAUUAAGAAAAGACGUUGGAUGGGGUUUUCCAAUCUGGGGUGGCCAAGCCGGGGGGGUCUGGGGGAGAUGUGUAAUUGGAAAGAUGAUCUAGGCAGUCAUCUGUCUCCAGCUGAGCGUGAUGAGGCUGUAAUUCUCGUGAAGGGCAGAGGAUUUGCUCUUCUUUCAUUGGUAUUCCUAGAAUCCACGGUGAGGACUGGUCUGGCCUAUUUAACAGAAAGCAUAUGAUGUUAUUUAGUGGGAUUAAGAGGUUGGAGGGAUCCUAAUUUCCCGUGGGGGAUGUGGAGAUGGCCAGUGCAGGGCAGAGGAGGCGGUGGUUCGAUGCUGACAGGGUUCUCCUUCUCCAUGGAUGGCUGUUCACACCUCAAACAGCACAGGAACACAGCCCAGCAAACCUAACAGUUGCCGAAGCAGCAACAGGAAGAGUUUAGUGGUGGGCACCCCCUCUCCGACCCUCUCACGGCCUCUCUCCCCCCUCUCCGUGCCAACAGCUGGGAGCAGUCCCUUGGACAGCCCACGGAACUUCUCUGCCAGCACCUCCAUCAACUUCCCCUUCGCUCGCAGCCAUGCUCCUCGGACUGACAGGGCUGAUGGCAGAAGGUGGUCACUGGCUUCGUUACCCUCCUCUGGCUAUGGGACCAACACCCCCAGCUCCACGGUCUCGUCAUCUUCAUCCUCCCAGGAGCGCCUGCACCAGCUGCCGUACCAGCCCACCGCCGACGAGCUGCAUUUCCUUUCUAAGCAUUUCCGCAGUACGGAGAGCGUCACGGACGAGGAGGGCAGGCACUCGCCCUGCCUGCGCCCCCGAUCCCGCAGCCUCAGCCCUGGACGGACGAGCGGAACGUUUGAUAAUGAGGUGGUGAUGAUGAACCAUGUCUACAAGGAGAGGUUCCCCAAGGCCACAGCCCAGAUGGAGGAGCGGCUGCAGGACACCAUCACAAACUUCUCCCCGAGCAGCACCCUGCCCCUGGCUGAUGGGGUGCUGGGCUUCAUCCACCACCAGAUCAUCGAGCUGGCCCGAGACUGCCUGGCCAAGUCCCAGGGAGCUCUCAUCACCUCCCGCUACUUCAUGGAGCUGCAGGAGAAACUGGAGAAGAUGCUCCGAGACGCUCAGGAGCGUUCUGAGAGCGAGGAAGUGAAGUUCAUUGAUCAGCUGGUGAGGAAGCUGCUGAUCAUCAUCUCCCGGCCUGCCCGACUUCUGGAGUGCCUGGAGUUCGACCCAGAGGAGUUUUACCAUCUCCUGGAAGCUGCAGAAGGACAUGCCAAAGUUGGGCAGGGAAUAAAGACUGAUAUUCCCCGAUACAUCAUCAGCCAACUGGGGCUCGUCAAGGACCCACUGGAGGAAAUGGGGCAGAUGGAUCACUUUGACAGUGGGAACACCAUCACACCAGAGAACGAUGACACCUGUGAGAGCCAGCCUUCAGUCCCCGUCCCGCGGAGGAAACCCUGCGAGGGGGACUUCGAGACCAUCAAGCUGAUCAGCAAUGGGGCUUACGGGGCCGUGUACCUGGUAAGGCACAGGGAGACGCGGCAGCGCUUCGCCCUGAAGAAAAUCAACAAGCAGAACCUUAUCCUGAGGAACCAGAUCCAGCAGGUGUUCGUGGAGAGGGACAUCCUGACCUUCGCUGAGAACCCCUUCGUGGUCAGCAUGUUCUGCUCCUUCGAGACCAAGCGACACCUCUGCAUGGUCAUGGAGUACGUGGAAGGGGGGGAUUGUGCCACGCUGCUGAAGAACAUGGGCCCGCUGCCCGUCGACAUGGCCAAGAUGUACUUUGCUGAGACCGUUCUUGCACUGGAGUAUCUCCACAACUACGGCAUCGUCCACCGGGACCUCAAACCUGACAAUUUGCUCAUCACCUCCAUGGGCCACAUAAAGCUGACAGACUUUGGUCUGUCAAAGAUUGGCCUGAUGAACAUGACCACGAACCUCUACGAAGGGCACAUGGAGAAGGACACGCGGGAGUUCAUGGACAAGCAGGUGUGUGGCACUCCGGAGUACAUUGCCCCCGAAGUCAUCCUCAUCCAGGGCUACGGGAAGCCCGUGGACUGGUGGGCCAUGGGCAUCAUCCUCUACGAGUUCCUGGUGGGCUGCGUCCCCUUCUUCGGAGACACCCCCGAGGAGCUCUUCGGGCAGGUCAUCAGCGAUGAAAUUAUGUGGCCAGAAGGGGACGAGGCUCUCCCUGCAGAUGCCCAGGACCUGAUCACACGGUUGCUGAGGCAGUGUCCCCUCGAGCGCCUGGGCACUGGAGGUGCACAUGAGGUGAAGCACCAUUCCUUCUUCCUCCAUCUGGACUGGAACGGGCUGCUGCGGCAGAAGGCUGAGUUCAUCCCCCAGCUGGAGUCGGAGGAUGACACCAGCUACUUUGACACUCGCUCCGAGAGGUAUCGUCACCUGGAUUCGGAGGAUGAGGAAACCAACGACGAGGAAUCGUCGGUGGAGAUCGGGCAGUUCUCCUCCUGCUCCCACCGCUUCAGCAAGGUGUACAGCAGCUCAGAAUUCCUGGCGGUCAACUCCACCCUGAGCCUCUCCUCCUCUGACCGGAGUCACUGCGAUGACAAAGAGGAGCGCUGGGACCGGCACUCGGGAGACGAGGACAGGAGCCGGCCAGCGGGCACUGAGCCCCGCCUCCGCUCCUGGACGUCCGGCAGCUCCACGCCGUACACCUCCCGGCACGAGCGGAGCCACAGCCCCACGGCGCUGCCCAGCACCCUCAGCCUGGACACCAUGCCCAAGUUUGCCUUCUCCUCGGAGGAUGAGAGCCCUUGUGUGGCAUCCAAGCCAGAGAGACCCAAGUUUGUGGUGGGAGACUCGGACGCGGGGACUGGCGGCGCGGUGAAGCAGUCGGCGUUAUCCGCCGAUCUGGUCAGCCUGAACCGCAUCCGCCUGCGGAGCAACAGCACCGGCACCAAGAACUCGACUCCCCGGAGCCUGGAGCCGAGCGGGGGCCGUCGGCUGAGCACCCAGAAGGAUGUGCCGGAGAGGCAGAGAGCCUCCCUGGGCAGCCGUGUGCCCAAAUCUGCCUCCGUCUCAGCCCUGUCCCUCAUCAUCACCUCAGAUGACUUCGGUGGCAGCGCCCUGAUGAGUCCCAUCUCCCCUCACUCCCUCUCGUCCAACCCCUCUUCCCGGGACUCCUCCCCGAGCCGAGACUCCUCGCUGGCCAUCGCCAGCCUGCGGCCGCCCAUCAUCAUCCACAGCUCGGGGAAGAAGUACGGCUUCACCCUGCGAGCCAUCCGCGUCUACAUGGGCGACAGCGACGUCUACACCGUCCACCACAUGGUCUGGAGCGUGGAGGAGGGGAGCCCUGCGCAGGAGGCUGGGCUGAGGGCAGGAGAUCUCAUCACACACGUGAACGGAGAGUCCGUGCUGGGUUUGGUCCAUCGGGACGUUGUGGAGCUGCUGCUGAAGAGUGGGAAUAAAGUGGCCCUGCGGACCACUGCCCUGGAAAACACCUCCAUUAAAAUCGGUCCUGCAAGGAAAAACAGCUCCAAGACAAGGAUGGCACGGAGGAGUAAAAAGAGCAGGAAAAGGGAUGGCCAAGACAGUAGGAGAAAAUCCCUGUUCAAGAAGAUCUCCAAGCAGUCGUCGGUCCUGCACACCAGCCGCAGCUUCUCCUCCGGUCUCCAUCACUCGCUGUCCUCCAGCGAGAGCCUCCCGGAGUCCCCCACGCACAGCCUGUCCCCAGGUCCCACGACGCCGUGCCGCAGCCCCGCUCCCGACCUGCCCUCAGAUGCUGUGUCCCCUCAGAGCACCUCUCCCUCCUCCAGCACCCCAACGUCACCCGCCGGCCACGUGCGCCCCAGCUCCCUGCACGGGCUGGCCCCCAAACUGGGUGGGCCGCGCUACAAAGUGGGACGUCGCAAAUCCACCAGCAGCAUCCCCCCCUCGCCCCUGGCCUGCACCCCUUCCUCGGCCCAGCGCCCGCCUUCCCCCCAGCGCUCCCCGUCUCCGCUCCCCGGGUACCCCAAAACCCCCCAUUCCUUCCAGGGCAAGACCCUGUCCCCCCCCACCAUCGUGCGGCAGAGCUCGCGGCCCCGCAGCGCCGACUGCCCCCGCUCCCCCCUGCUCAAGCGCGUGCAGUCGGCCGAGAAGAUCGUCACCAUCCUGGCCGAGAAGAAAACGGGCGGCGGCCGCAAGCUGGGGCUGGAGAUGUCCACGCUGGAUGGGGAGGCCAUCGCGGAGGGCGACGCGCUGCCCUACCCCGGGGAGCACGGCUACCACCCCGGCAGCUCCCGCCUGGCGGAGCGCCACGACCGGGACCAGGAGAUGGUGGUGAUGCGGCGCCUGAACCUGUCGGAGCGCAGGGACUCCUUCAAGAAGCAAGAGGCGGUUCAAGAAGUGAGUUUUGACGAGCAGGAGACGGCGGCAGGAAGCGAAGAUGGUGGCAAGAGCGAGGAAGGGCAGGGCACGGCCGCCCAGGGCGGCGCGGAGCCGCCGCCGAAGCCGAAGCCCGGCACGGUGCCGCAGAUCGCGGUGCAGGGCUCGGAGAGCGACGAGCAGGAGCCGGCGGUGGCCGAGUGGGAAUGCCAGGGCUCCUACCCCAUCGGCAGCACGGAGCAGCCAAGCAGCAGCAUCUCCUUGCCGUGGUGGGAUGGGUGUGAGCACCGGGACCGUGGCUCCCAGCAGCAGCGGAACUGCGGGCAGGGAUCACCCGGCCACUGGCAGGUGCCAGCGCAGGGCCAGGAGCCGACGGGCGCUCAUCUCCCGGCUCCCCGGGGCGCGUGGAGCGGGGCCAAGCACGCCUGAGCCCCACGCCGGCACCAGGGAUGGUUCGGGCUCCCUGCGGCAUCCCAGUGCCUCCCCAGCACCUUGUCCUGUGCGGCAAAUCCAUGAGAAAAAUGUCCCCGGAGCCACUCUGGACCCUGGCCGGGCCGGCUGUGCCCCGGCACUUCGCCCCCCUGGAAGGCUUUUUGUACUCCCUGAAAGAUGCUCAUAUUUUUAUAGAGACGCAGGAGCUUUUCUGGCAGCGGCGUUUCCCCAGCUGGGCCCCAACCUCUGUGUACAGAAAGGACUCGAUGCAAAUAUUCCUUAAUUAAUUUAUUACUUUUUAUAAGCUAAACGGGCAGUGCAGGACUGUCGCAGGGGCCAACCCAGCUCUGGGAGUCCCAGCCUUUCCCAUGCGUCUCCCAGCUCCCAGCCCACUGUUUUCUAACCCACUCGCUUUUCCCUACUUUUAAACUUCAAUUCUAGCUGGAAACACCCCAGAUCUCCUAAGAACCCCAUAAUUCUAAUAUUUAAAAUUAAAACAAAACCCCAAAUCCACAGCAACAUCCCUGAAAUGCUGGUGCUCCAGGCUGGGAUCCAGAGGGGGGGAUAUUCCUUGCAUUGGGAUCAUCAGAUGAUGAGCAUAUGGAUCACUUUAUAAGUUUAUAGGAGAUAUAAAAAGGGUUUAAUUGUUUUAUUUGGAGAUUUUAUAGCCACCUGGCUCCAUUGGCCCUUCCAGGUGGGGAAAACUGAGACAUUCUCCAGAUGGGAAUAUUAAUGGGAUUUUUAGGAUCAGUUUUUGCCCUUUCAGAAAACCGACAAAAUCUCGUGGUGUUGGUUGGUCAGUGCACAGACACCUAAAAAAUCCCAAUUUAUCUUUUUUUUUUUAAAAUCUCCCCAACCCAGCAAGCACCUGUGUGGCUUCACUUGUAAUUUGGGAAUUUCACCCCUUUCUUUCCCCCCUCGUUGCUCUUUCUCCAACUAACCACAGCUCAGCCCAGCCUUUCUCCCCCAUUUCUACCGUUUUCUGGGCUAUAAACGUUUCCAUUUGUUGAUGCAUGUUCUGGCUUCCCCCCCCGCCGUGGUUUGGUGCCGUGGUGGUGACAGGGGGACAUCCCUGGUUGGCCAACCCCGCUGCCAUCAGGUACCGCCGUACCCCCGGUGGAUUUUUGGGCUGCGUGUUGGAUUCUUUUGUGCACGUGUGGUUUGUGCCAGGCUCCGUAUCCCGCUUCUCCCGUUCAACUGGUGCUGUUAAACCCCCCCCCAAAAACGAGCAACCAGAGCUGCUCCGCGUUUCCUUUGCUUCUCCCUCCACUCUCUGUAUGAAGGUCUUGGAAAGGCAGCGGGGUUUUGGGGAGACACCGGGCACCCCCUGCCCACUGGCACGGUGGCAUGGGGGGGCUUGGCUGCGCACCGGCGGCGUGGAUAGGGUGGGAGGAGGAUUUUUUUAAAUGGGAAAUGUCUUUAAAGCCAAGGGGACUGUGUCUUCCUGCCCGGUGCCCGGCUCUGUUCGUACCUUCGGGAAGUUUUAUGUUGGAUUAAAAUUGUCCCUUGCGCUGAGU